AUGCCACCGUCAACAAAAUCACCGUCAACGCCACCCUGUGCCGCGCGACCACCACGAUCAUUGCAUCCGCCUUCGACAUUGGCCGCGAAGUCCUCGCCGUCCUCGGUGCUGGGCACUUCCAAGAACCUACUCGAGCGCAUGCGCUACUCUCGCUUUAAGCAGCAGAUGGAGGGUGUCGCACCUGCCCCACCCACGGCCAGAGCCGCCAAAGAAGAGCAUCAAGGGACAGUCUUCAAGGCGGAGAAAGAGGAAAAUAUGGAUGCGAUGUCAGGCGUUGAGCAGACUGUCAAGGAGGAGCAUUUUGUCAAGCCGGAGCCGGAGAUCAAGGCGGAGUGUUGA